AUGCCUUCAGCUUCGGUCGCCCUGACUCCGUUAUCGUCUAUCUUCCGCCUCUUGCUGGUGUAUACGGUUCCGGUCUCCGCUUCGAAGGGGUUACACAUGAAACGCUCUGGAAGUGUUGAUGCUCCCUCGUCGCUGAACAGAUCGCUACUUGCUAUCCAACUGGGAAGUAUCGCUGGUGCCUACGUGGUGUUUGUUGCCGUUCUUCUUGCCCUACUUCUCUCCGUUGGACGACGCCUGCGACGCACAGUCCACUCUUCCAACUACUCUUUGCAAAUGCAAAUCUUGAGGCCUGUCAAACCCACACUGGAUAUGGAUCCGAGCCCAAUUUCGCCCAUGUCACAGAAUAUCCCUUCUCUGCAUCGAGGUGGUAGGCCCUCGCAGACCUCUUUCAACGGCAGCAUGGUGACAGUCGACGAGUCCGUGGUCGCUUCGGACCGCCAGCGGGCUCAGGAUGAAAUGGAGAUGUUAUACGCAGCGGUCUUGGAGCAUGAUGCUCAGAAAUCCGCUGGAGUCGACAUUGAUGUCACUGCAAGGAACUCGGACUCUCAGAGUAAUUCACCGGCUAGCCAGUACAGCAACCCAUUCACCGAUCGCCAUGCCUCACAAAACUCCGGAUUCUCUUCCUCGGCUCUUCUAAAUGCUCCCUUGAAGUCUCCCAAGCCGUCUCGCUUAUCGAAGUUGUUCAGCUCCAACGCUCGAUCAAAUCCGGAUGCAGGCAAAUUGAAGUCUCCACGGUUUAGCAUUCGCAAGCAACAGAUUUCAUCUCCAAUUGGUUCUCCAGGUCCUCUUGGCUCUCCAGAGAUCCGUUCACCCCAGCCUUAUGUCCCUGAACAGCCACCUCUCUCCCCACGGAUCUAUAAUCCUGGCCCACCUCCUUCGAUCCCCUCAACUCGCCCAGAACUAGGUUUUGGGCAGAACACGCCUCCAAUUAUGCCUCCCACCGGACGUUCAAGGGCACCUGCGCCCUUGAACUUGUCUACCAUCAACCAGGCAGCAUCAAAUCUCCCGUUCCGUGAUGCAUAUCCUUUGCGUAGUGCUCCAGCCACCAAGACGACCAUCCUGGAGAGGCCCGUGAAGAAUUCGCAUGGACCCAUAACCGGCGUACCAACACCGUAUAGUGCAUACAUGCCAUUCACUCCUGUGACACCGUUCACACCCGGCCGAACAGUCACAAAGCGUCAACGCAGACGCGAGGAGAAGGAGAAUGGUCUCCGAGUCUUGAAUGAAGAUGACCUAGUCAAAGAUGAUGACGACGUGUGGGGAUGA